AUGGUCGCCGCCUUGAAUGCUGCCUACGCCCGGCUGAAGACCAAUGCGAAACGGCUAAACGACACGCUGCAAUACUCCUGUCAAUGGGGCUCCACGCCCGACGGCGGCAUGAAUCGUCUCUCGGGCAAUGAUGACGAUCAAAAGGUCCGGGACUGGUUCGUGGCCGAAGUCACGCGUUACGGUUGCAGCCAUCAAGUCGACGCAAUGGGAAACAUCUUUGCCAUCCGCCCUGGCCAGAACAACACCCUUCCCCCGAUCGCCUUGGGCUCACACCUCGAUACACAGCCCACGGGGGGAAGAUAUGAUGGUAUCUUGGGAGUCCUGUGUGCGUUGGAGGUGUUGCGGGUCAUUCAUGAAGCAAACAUCACUACCUACGCUCCGUUGGCGAUUGUCAACUGGACCAACGAAGAAGGGGCCAGGUUUUCCCCUGCCAUGCUUGGAUCGGGGGUCUGGGCAGGGGAGUUCAGCACCGAAUAUGGGCAUAGCCGAGUGAGCUCUGAGGGUACAACCAUGGGGCAAGAACUCCAGCGCAUUGGAUAUCUCGGGUCGACGCCUUGUUCCUAUCAAGCAAACCCUCUAUUGGCGCACUUUGAGGUGCACAUCGAACAAGGUCCGAUCCUGGAUGUCGCAGAAAAGCCGGUUGGUGUCGUCAAAGGAGCACAAGCCAUCCGUUGGUACCGGUUGGCGGUCAGAGGUCGGGAGGCUCACACCGGAAGCACUCCGAUGGAUCGCCGGAGUGAUGCGCUACUGGCUGCGGCAAAGAUGAUCGUGGAGGUCAACAAGAUAGCCACCACCGCGCCGCUGUCCACACGUGGAGCCCGGGGAACUAUCGCCGUCAUCAAUUCGGGACCGCAAAGUAUCAAUACCAUUGCGGGACAGGUGACGAUGAACCUGGACAUCCGCUCGCCAUUUGAUCAAGAUAUCGAGGAGAUUGAGAAGUUGUGCAAGCAAGGGUUCGAAGCGAUAGGCGAAGAGCAUGGGACAAGCCUCGAGAUGGAAUGCAUCUGGACGUCGCCGGCGACCAAUUUCCAUCCCCUCAUGGUCGAGUGCGUGCGCCAGUCAGCAAAGAGCAUCGACUGUCACCACGAAAUCAUCAGCGGCGCAGGUCACGACAGCGUCUACACGUCCAGAAAGGUCCCGACAGCCAUGAUCUUUGCUCGAUGCCGAGAUGGGAUCAGUCACAACCCUGCUGAAUAUUCCCGCCCCGAAGACUGUGCUGCUGCCGGUGAGGUGUUGCUGGGUGCCUACCUACGCUACGACGAGCACAUCCGCCAGCAGAACGAGUCGAAGACGGAGGAAUGA